ACGUUUCACCGAACUCGAAAGAACAAUAAAAGGAAUUCGAAACCAAUUCUAUGUUCCUGUAUAAUAAGUAACCCCAAUUUGUUACUGGUAUUAUUUUUGUUUCAUACUUUAUAUCCAGCUUUCAGUUUGUUAGUGGAUCUGAUUGACUUUUAUGGCUUGAUUGUGAGUAAUAAGUCAGUGUUAGUCAACUCUCAAAAAUUGCAGAUCGAUUUGGAGCUGGCCAAGAUGAGAAACUCAAGUGUUCCCACAUUUUUGGAAAUAUUAAGCAGAUGUGGUAAUUUUUCAUCUGCUUGCGGAAACUUACUUGUGCCGGUACUCGUGUGUAGUUACAAGGGCUUCGAUGAGAUUGAUGGCAUAGAAGUUGCUUGGAAUCAAGUCAGUAUCGAGGAUGUGCUGCAAUCGCCUGAUCAUCUGGAGAGAUUAUAUUCCGAGGUUCAUCUGUUAAGGACACUGAAACACGAAAAUGUGAUUAGGUCAUAUGCAUCUUGGGUGGAUGAUGGCAAUAAGACUAUCAACAUGAUCACCGAGCUGUUCACUUCCGGCAGCUUGAGGCACUACCGAAACAAACAUAAGAGUGUUGAUAUGAAAGCUAUCAAGAACUGGGCCAGGCAGAUCCUUCAAGGGUUAGAAUAUCUGCACACUCACAAUCCUCCCGUCAUUCACAGAGAUCUGAAAUGCGAUAAUGUAUUCGUGAAUGGGAAUCAUGGAGAAGUAAAAAUCGGGGAUCUUGGGUUGGCUACAAUAAUGCAGCAGCCUACUGCCAGAAGUGUUAUCGGGACCCCCGAGUUCAUGGCUCCUGAACUCUAUGAGGAAGAAUACAAUGAGCUAGUGGAUAUUUAUUCUUUCGGGAUGUGUAUCCUGGAGUUGGUUUCCUGUGAAUAUCCAUACAGCGAAUGCAAAAAUCAAGCACAGAUAUACAAGAAGGUUACCUCCGGAGUAAAACCGGCUGCUCUGAGUAAAGUAAGGGACCCUGAGUUGAGAAGGUUCAUAGAAAAAUGCUUGCUUCCAGCCCCCCAGAGGCUGAGUGCUGCCGAGCUUCUGAAAGCGCCAUUUCUCUCUAACGAUAAUCCCAAGGAUGACACCUGUGAUCCCCCUCAACUAACUGAUUUCACGCCAAAAUCGAUAAACUCGUCAAAAUCCGAUUUCCCUCUCAUGGAUCUCGACUCUUCUUCCAAAAUGCUUCUAUCUGGUAGCAGCACGUGGUGCGAAAGCAUGACCGGAACUUCCAUGUCGACACUUGAGCUGCAUAGGUGCAACGAGAGGAACGAGUUCGUCUUGAAAGCUGAAGAAUUUGACGGUCGUAAAAUAAGUUUGACUUUGAGGAUUGCUGACUAUUCCGGUCGGGUCCGGUACGUGCACUUCCCGUUUUAUCUCGAUUCAGAUACCUCAUCUUCAAUAGCCUCAGAGAUGGUUGAGACACUCGAUUUAUGGAGGGAUGAUGUUGCUUUCAUAGCCGAGUUGAUCAACAGCUUAAUCUCACAGUACAUACCCACAUGGGCUACACCAUGCGGGAGUCUGUGUGGGCCCAAGAAGUUGGAAAACGAGAAGCCUGAUGCAAAAACCGAGCAUGGUUCGAAAAUCACCAGAUUAAACAAUAAUAAUGAUACAAACAAUAGCUGCAACUACAACAACUAUACUGUUAUGAGCCAGAGCUUGAAGAACUCAGUCAACUCGUUCACUGGUUCGUGGAUAACUGCAACGAGCAAUAUGAGCUUGAGCGUCUCGUCUCUCUCGUUAAUGGAUAAGGAGAAUGAGCUGUCUGAUGAUCUGAGGGAGGAGCUCGAAGCUAUCGAUUUGCAGUACCAUCAGCGUUGUAGGGAGCUCGAGAGGAUGAGAGAGGUUGCUAUCGAGAAUGCUAAAAAGAAGUGGAUAAUGAAGAAGACAACCGUGCUUUGA